AUGUUCGCCAGAACCCUCCUGUGCACGUUGUUGGCUACUGCUGCCCUGGCUUCGCCCAUCCACCAGCACCACCAGCACGCAAAGAGAAACCCAGCUGUUACCGUUGUUGUCACAGAAUACUUCGAUGCCAACGGCCAGGUGACUUCCUCGCAGAACCCUGUGCCAAGCGGCGACGCAUCCGACAGCGUCUCAUACUCGGUUGCCAGCGCCCCUGCGUCGGGAACCUCCGAGGAGCCAUACUAUCCUUCCAGCCAGAGCACCUCGGGCUCCAGCUCCACGGCCUCGGCCGGCUCUGUGGAGGCCUACGCAGAAAAAAGCAAGGGUAUCACGUACUCUCCGUACACCGAUUCGGGAUCGUGCAAGUCCGAGAGCGAGGUUGCCAGCGACAUCGCCAAACUCUCGGCCUACGAAAUCAUCAGAGUGUACGCUCCAGACUGCUCCUGCAUCACCAACAUCAUGGCCAACAUGGGCUCGAACCAGAAAAUUUUCGCCGGGCUCUUCAACAUCGGCUCGCUCACUGACGACAUCGCUACUUUGGCCGAACAGGUCCAGGCCUCGAGCCAGGGCUGGGACGGCAUCUACGCUGUGGCCAUCGGCAACGAGUGGGUGCAAAACGGCGAGUCUGCCUCGAACGUCGUUAACGCUGUCUCCUCGGGCAGAUCGACCCUUUCGUCUAAAGGCUGGACUGGAAAGGUGGUGACUGUCGACACCGUGGGAGCAUACCAGGACAACGACAGCCUGUGCGAGGCGUCCGACUUCAUUGCCGUCAACGCACAUCCAUACUGGAACGGGAACGUCAAGCCAGAGGAUAGUGGCAGCUUCCUGCAGUCUCAGCUCUCGCUUCUGCAGAGCGUCUGUGGCAGCGAGAAGUCGAUCCUCAUCUGCGAAACCGGAUGGCCAACCCAGGGAGACACCUUCGGACAGGACGGUGUUCCAUCGACGGCAAACCAGCUCACUGCCAUCAAAUCCAUCACCGACUCGCUUGCCGACCAGGUGAUCAUGUUCACCACAUACAACGACUACUGGAAAGACCCGGGUAGCUACGGUGUCGAGCAGUACUGGGGUAUCUAUCCCAACUGA